ACCAAGUAGCCAACAAUUAAGAUUUUGAAAUUUUAGAAAUCACUUAUAAUUCCUUCCCAGCAUGAUAGUUCUCAGAGUAACAUCUGUAGGUGAAAUAAAAUUUUAAAAAUCUUACUUUGAAAUAUUGGAAAUCUUGAGGAAAUUAGGGGAGGGUGAGUGGAUAUACUGUUGAUUAGUGUAUUAAGAUUUUUAAAAACACAACACUGCUUCUUACAGACUGUGAAUUUAACAAUAUAGAGUUCAGAAUACUCCAUUGUGAUUCACAUCCAUUUUCAGAGGCUUUGUUGAUAUAUGGUAGUAGUUCAUGAAAUGUUUGAAUAUUUGACUUGAUGCUGCUUUUCCUUGUAGUUGUUACAUUAUAUGCUACGCUUGGAGGUCCAGCAAUUGUUCAUGGAUUAAAUGAAACAGAGGUGACCAACAUCAUUACUAGUAAAGAACUCUUGCAAACAAAGUUGAAGGAUAUAGUUUCUUUGGUCCCACGCCUACGGCACAUCAUCACUGUUGAUGGGAAGCCACCAAGCUGGUCCGAGUUCCCUAAGGGUGUCAUUGUGCAUACCAUGGCUGCAGUGCAGGCUCUGGGAGCUAAGGCCAGCAUGGGUAUGUCACAAUUUGCUAUUGCCUUAUGGGAGCUCUCCAAUGACUGUGUUCUCCAGAAUUAUGCCCGAGUUUUGAUCCUAAUGUUAGAUCAAGUGACACAUCAGUUUUCUAGACCGUAAGUUGGGGAAGUAGGUCCCUCUAGGUCUACUUUUAUUUAGCCUUUAAAGAAAGGUCUAAGGAAAUAUAAGUAUUCUAAAAUAGCAUUUGAAAUUAAUUUAAAAUACUUUAGCAUUAUUCAUUUUUCUUGUUUCCUUUUUGUGAUCAUUUUGGAUGGUUUAAAGUUUGUUUAUAAAUAAUGACAUUAAACUUUUCCUAUGUGAAUUACCUGUCAAUAUUAACAGGUAGAGUGGCUAAACUUGGAGGCCUCUUUUUUCUUGUUCCCUUUCCAGAAGGAUCAACCUUAUCCUUCAACUAGAAUAGGCAUGGUGACUCUAGAAGUUCCUACUCUCAAAUAAGUGUCAAAAAAUGUUAGAAAGUAUACAAGUAUUUAGAGAUAUUGCAGAAACUGCUGGGAUGCUGGAACUGUAUUUCCUCUGUAGUUGGAAACGUAGUGAUUAACUACAAGUAAUCACUGGGCUCAGGGACAGGGUUAUACUGACAUAAUUUGGUUAUGUUGAAUUUUAGGUGCUGAUGGGAUAUUCAUAUGUAGGUAUCUAGUGAGCAGUGGCAUAUACAAGUCUACUACUCUGGAGUUAAGUUUGGAGUUAAGAGUUUUGGAAGCUAGAAGCAGU